GCUCGGCACUGCCUUUUUUCCUCGCCGGCACUUUCGGUUUCCGGCGCCGAGUCCGCAGGGAGGUCCCACACCGCAGGCCCGGUGACACCUGUGAGACCCCAGGCCCAGCAGAGGCGGCCCGGGGCGCCUUCGUCCGUCCCCGCUCACCCGGCGCGCAGAGAUGUCCCAGUGGUACGAGCUGCAGCAGCUGGACGCCAAGUUCCUGGAGCAGGUGCACCAGCUCUACGAUGACAGCUUCCCCAUGGAGAUCCGCCAGUACCUGGCCCAGUGGCUGGAAAAGCAGGACUGGGAGCACGCUGCCAAUGACGUUUCGUUCGCCACCAUCCGUUUCCACGACCUGCUGUCGCAGCUGGACGAUCAGUACAGCCGCUUUUCCCUGGAGAACAACUUCCUGCUGCAGCACAACAUCAGGAAGAGCAAGCGCAACCUGCAGGAUAAUUUUCAGGAAGACCCAAUUCUGAUGUCAAUGAUCAUCUAUAACUGUCUGAAGGAGGAAAGAAAAAUUCUGGAAAAUGCACAGAGAUUCAAUCAGGCGCAGGCGGGAAGCGUUCCGGGCACGGUGAUGCUCGACAAGCAGAAGGAGCUGGAUGCCCGCGUCAAGGAUGUGAAGGAAAAGGUGAAUUGGAUAGAGCAUGAAAUCAAGACGCUGGAAGACUUACAAGAUGAAUAUGACUUUAAAUGCAAAACCUCGCAGAACAGAGAGCACGAAGCCAAUGGCGUGGCCAAGAGCGAUCAGAAACAAGAGCAGAUGUUACUGCAGAAGAUGUUCUUGAUGCUGGACAACAAGAGAAAGGAAGUCAUUCACAAAAUCAUCGAGGUGCUCAAUGCCACCGAGCUGACCCAGAAGGCCCUGAUCAACGACGAGCUGGUGGAGUGGAAGCGGAGGCAGCAGAGCGCCUGCAUUGGGGGCCCCCCCAACGCCUGCCUCGAUCAGCUGCAGAGCUGGUUCACUGUCGUCGCCGAGAGUCUGCAGCAGGUCCGCCAGCAGCUUAAAAAGCUCGAGGAGCUGGAGCAGAAGUACACCUACGACCACGACCCCAUCACCAAGAACAAGCAGGCCCUGUCGGACCGCACCUUCAGCCUCUUCCAGCAGCUCAUCCAGAGCUCCUUCGUGGUGGAGCGGCAGCCCUGCAUGCCCACGCACCCGCAGAGGCCGCUGGUCCUGAAGACGGGCGUGCAGUUCACCGUGAAGCUGAGAUUGUUGGUGAAAUUGCAAGAGCUGAAUUAUAACUUGAAAGUCAAAGUUCUGUUUGAUAAAGACGUGAACGAGAGAAACACAGUGAAAGGGUUCCGAAAGUUCAACAUCUUGGGCACACACACAAAGGUGAUGAACAUGGAGGAGUCCACCAACGGCAGCCUGGCUGCCGAGUUCCGGCACCUGCAACUGAAGGAGCAGAAGAACGCCGGCAACAGAACCAACGAGGGCCCCCUCAUCGUGACGGAGGAGCUGCACUCCCUCAGUUUCGAGACCCAGCUGUGCCAGCCGGGUUUGGUGAUUGACCUGGAGACGACCUCCCUGCCUGUCGUGGUGAUCUCCAACGUCAGCCAGCUCCCCAGCGGCUGGGCCUCCAUCCUGUGGUACAACAUGCUGGUGACGGAGCCCAGGAACCUGUCCUUCUUCCUGAACCCACCCUGUGCACGCUGGGCGCAGCUCUCGGAGGUGCUGAGCUGGCAGUUCUCCUCCGUCACCAAGAGAGGCCUCAACGGGGACCAGCUUGCCAUGCUGGGCGAGAAGCUGCUAGGCCCUGGCGCCGGCCCUGACGGCCUCAUCCCGUGGACGAGGUUCUGCAAGGAAAAUAUAAAUGAUAAAAAUUUUCCUUUCUGGCUUUGGAUUGAAAGCAUCCUUGAACUCAUCAAAAAGCACCUGCUCUCCCUCUGGAAUGAUGGGUGCAUCGUGGGCUUCAUCAGCAAGGAGCGCGAGCGGGCGCUGCUCAAGGACCAGCAGCCGGGCACCUUCCUGCUGCGCUUCAGCGAGAGCUGCCGCGAGGGCGCCAUCACCUUCACGUGGGUGGAGCGGGCGCAGAACGGAGGCGAGCCGAAUUUCCAUGCGGUGGAGCCCUACACGAAGAAAGAGCUCUCUGCGGUGACGUUCCCUGAUAUCAUUCGCAACUACAAGGUCAUGGCCGCUGAGAAUAUUCCAGAGAACCCCCUCAAGUACCUGUACCCCAACAUCGACAAAGACCAUGCCUUUGGGAAGUAUUACUCCAGGCCCAAGGAAGCAGCAGAGCCCAUGGAAGUCGACGGCCCCAAAGGGACGGGUUACAUCAAGACGGAGCUGAUUUCCGUGUCUGAAGUGCACCCUUCCCGACUGCAGACCACAGACAACCUGCUCCCCAUGUCUCCGGAGGAGUUUGACGAGGUGUCCCGGAUCGUGGGCCCCGUGGAAUUCGACAGCAUGAUGAAUGCUGUAUAGGCAGGCGCCUGCUCAUCUCCGCUGACACCCAUCCUUCGCACCUGCUGCUCCCUCCUGCUCUGUCCUUGGCGUCCUGCUUCUAGGGAAGGGAAGAAAGGCCACAGUGUGCGGCAGCCUAUUAGUGAGCAGAUUCCCCUAAUUCAGAAACACCUGUUCCCUGCAGGCUGCUGCGUCCAAUUAAAGGUAACGGAGAGGCCCUCCCCACGGAGCGAGCGGGGUUCAGGUGAAGGCAGUGAGGACUGCCAGGGUGAGAGUGGGAGGCGGAGACGCCAGCAGCACCCAGCAACUGCUCACCAGGGGAUUCUGCCGGAGAAUUCGUGUUUGUUUUCUCUGCCUGAAACAGGCUGGAAAUUUCCCCGGCUUCCCUAUGAAGCAUUCAAAGCUAUGUAUCUCUAGAAUCACACCACCUCCUGGCAGAGGGGCCACCCUGACCCUGGGCAGGGAAGAGCGGCCGUGUUCUGCAUUUUACUGUAACUCCCACACCAGCCACGUGCAGCCAAAGACAAAUGCUCUCUCUCGGGGGACUCGCUCUUCUGUCACGGUUCUGAUUCUGGCUAAUACCAGUCGAGACAGCACAUUUCCACACCCGGGAGUCGUGCUUUCUGUCCCAACAUGAGUGUCUACAGCUGAAGACACGGCCUCCAUCACCGCUGCCGUUAGCUCUGUCCGGGGAACAGCUGUUCCCAGACCCUGGUACUCUGUCCAAGGCUGAGAGUGAUCGCAGGUGUAGACGAACUCAGAAACUCAGUUCAUGUUCCUUCAAUGGGUCAGCUUCUCUCUAUUGUUACUCACUGGCAUUUAGUCUCCUAGUCAUUACAUUUUCAAGUUGAGAAAGAAAGAAUAGUAGCUGGCCAACCAUUAACCAGAGGUACUCCGAGAAAUCAAAUCACGUGAGCGCUCACCCUGUGUAACCGAUUGAGAAUGGCUUCUUUUCGCUGAUAAAGUGUUUCUCCGACAAA